AUGCCCUAUUUCGACGUCCCCUCGUUCAGUAAAAUCGAGAGGAUGCCCACGAGGUUCCCAACGUUGGUGAUGCUCUAUCACCACGACGAGAAGGCCGCGAUCUAUGACGGUGAUAUGGGCGACUAUCACAAGGUUGAUCAGUUUAUCCUUUCUCGUCGUGUACCGAUGGUUACGGAGCUCUCAGCAGAGACUGCUGAUCAAAUAUUCUCGAGUGGUAUGCCUACGAUAUUCCUCUUCCGUGACCCUGAGUCGGAAGUGGGCCAGAAAGCUGAGGCCGCUUUGAGGGAGGCAAGCACUACCCUAAGAGGUUCAGUCGUCUUCGCUCUGGCUAGCGAUAAGAACAACGCCAUCCAGCAACAGCUGUUCCACGAGCUCUCACUUGAGAACGUAACAAGCUCAUCUUGA